UACCAUUAAUUCAAUGAUAUGUUCAAUAGAGAAGAUGGAGAGAGAGAGAGACAUAUCGUUAAUAUUUAGAGAGAGAGAGAGUGAGUGAGUGAUUGAAUGCUGAGGUGUGUGUAUGUGUUGUCUAGUGUUGUGUAUGUGUUGUGUAUUACUGUAUGUAUUAAUAGGAAAUGUUAUGCCCAUAGAGUGCCCUACAGUGUAGUGACGGCCCAUUAAAAUGGUUGAACAUUAAUAUUAUUAAUAUUAGAGACAUAUUAUUAUACAAACAGUGAUAUUAUGAUUGUAUGCGUUAAGCACUAACUAAUUGUUACAUAAGUGUCGACCAUUGAGUUGAUUGAAUGCCAGCAAUGAUGUGAUGAUUGAUUGUUUGAAUCAAUUGUUUGCAAACUUUUUUGCCACCAAUUGUUAGUCUAAAACAUUAGUGAAUCCAAUCAGUUGUCAAAUCAUCGAUCAAAUGACGAAAAUUACUGAAAAAUGUUGGCAUUUGUCGUAGAAAUGCAUUUGAAAUGUAAACAAAUGUCGAAAUUAAUGUUGAAAUAGUGAUUAAUAGACAAUACGUAUGAAUGCGUGAAUCGGUGGUCAGUGACCACAAUUGUGAAGUUAUAUUGUGUCCACUUUUAACUCGGCUAUAGUGUUGGCAAUGGACUCAUGGUGGCCGACGGCUCAACAAUAUUCCCGAUUAAGGGCAUCGAGCACUCAGAUGAAUCAAUUAAAUUUACCGCCGGGUCUUAAUGUCGGCCAAAGUGUUCAUCAGCUCAAUGUAAACGAUCACUUAGGUCUGGGGGUUACGGCCAAUGCCACCAAUCAGGCCAUGUCUGGUCAUUACGGCUCUACUGCAGCUCAUCCUCACCCGUGGGGUAUCUUUUCGUCUCAUGGCUUAAACGCGGCCUCACAUCAAGCGGCCACUCAUGAAAGCUCUUCUUUCAACGCCAACUCGUUUUUCCAUCCGAGCUAUGACUCGAGUUUUUUGUCGGCUUCUUUCCAGUCAAAAGCUGCUUAUUUACCGACGCCUGGCGUUGGGACGGGAUUUUUCAAUUCAAUCAAAAAGGCUGACAACGAUAUGAAUAACUUAAGAAAUGCUGCUUAUUGUUCAACAAUGUCAUCAAUGCCUGGUAUGUCGGCCGCUACUAACAUGACAAGUGAUCCCAAUUCAAGUCUGACGGCUACGGGAUCCCUUUUUCCUUCACAUUUGCAAUCAAGCAAUUGGCGCCACAAUUUGAUUGCAAGCAACACUCCGAGUGGACCUUUUGGUGUAUUACCGCAUCAAACUGUUAAUGCCAUGAAUGCCAUGAAUAGCACUUCCAAUACAAUUGGGAGUUCACACUCACAUUCACAUCCAUCCCAUACAUCACAUGCCUCUCAUACAUCACAUACAUCUCAUUCAUCACAUUUAGGCUCUCACAACACUUCACAUCAUUCAAGUUCAUCACAUAAUAAGUCAUCAAAUGAGAACCAAAAAGUACAUCAUUAUCACCAUCACAUCAACAAUAAGACACCGACAACGACGAUGUCUGGAAUUUCAAGUGUCGACAAUUCAUUUCGCAAUAUUAUGCCGUCUCUGCCUCCGACCCAAUCAAGUCAUGCAAUACAGACCAGGGGUCAGAAUUCAUUUGACACAAACAUAAACGCAAAGAUUACUGGUCAUCACCAUCAAAACCAAACAGAUCCCUAUGCCUCGGGUAUGUUUGCAAUGGCUGCGGCCGCUCAUGCAAUUGGUUCGGAUUAUGUCUCAAUGCAGACACAAAGAUAUGCAUCAGGAAUAGCAUCUGGAAAUCAACAGGCGAUGAAUGCCUUUGCCUCUAAUACCACAUCCAGAGGCAGUUAUCCUUCAAUUGGCUUUCAUACAGAUCCGAGUGCUCGAAGUCGUGAACUGCUUAGCAGUUCAUCACUUCUUCAAAAUUCAAAGCAGAGUUCAGCAAAUUCUUGUAACUCAAGAAAUGUCAACGCAAUGAAUGCUAUGAAUGCAACAAAUUAUUUGCCGAACUGUGCAAUGAUGCCAAUAAUGAAUAACAGCGCCAAUUACUCCUCAAGUCCCGCCAACAACAGUAUAUCCAAUAAUUUAUCGGCAAAUCAUCCGGUUUCGCGGUCAUCAUCGGCUGCCAGCAAUCAUGGUCUUACACAAGGAAAUGAUUCUUCAUGUAGUUUCGGUUACAACAGUCCGGCCACUAAUUUACCACAAUCUCCAUAUCCUCAGCCUCAGCGAUCAAAUACAUCUAACUCUAGUCAGGGAACUACCACAGCUACGGGUGCCGCCGUACAGUCCUCAACCCAAGACUAUACAAACUAUAGUAAUUCUCAGGUAUUUCAAUCAAUGGGCAAUCAAACUCCUACUCCAACACCAGGAGGGUAUCCCACACCUCCAUCCAGUGUUGGUCAGCCUCACUUAACAUCAGCCAACACACAACCUACUAAUCAUGAGGAACAGGUAUCUCAUUAUUCACAUAUAACACCACAAACUCCUACACAAACCAAUCAGUUUUCAGCAAAUUAUUCAAAUUUUGGUUCAAAUGCAAAGUUAACAACAAAUGGUAAUAGAAGUACUGAUUCUAUAUUAAGUAAUAGUUCUUCGUGUAUGGUGGCGGCCGCAGCCGUGGCUAAUAUGAAUAAUUCACAGAACAGUUCAUCCAGUGUUUCACAGAGUGCUUCAGGUUAUAUGAUGUCUGAAUCUGAAUCGUGUGGUCUUUCAAAUAUGACUUCAGUUAAUCCGAUUGCUGACAAUAUUAACAAUAAUAAGCUCACAAAUGACACUCAAAUGAAUGCAUCAAACCAUGUGAUCGGACAUCAAUCAAAUGAACCGACACUUAACUCAGUGUUUACUUCACCAGAGAUUGAUUUUCCGAUAAUUAAUUUUACUGAUGAAGCAAAUAAUGCCUUUAAUUCAAAUCUAAAACUUGAUAAUUCGUUUAACAACAAGAAGAGUAAGAAAAAUAAUAAAAAAUCAAAGAAAAAGGAUAAGAAUAAAAAUAACAAUAAUGUUAUCAAUUUAGUCGAUCCUAACAAUUCAUUUCCAACUUAUUCCUAUCCAACUCAAGAACAAUACACGAACUCAUAUUCUAAUCCAAAUCCAUAUUUAAUGUCUCAAAAUAUCGGUCAUCCAAACCAAACAUCACAAGAAUCACAGGUAACUCAUGUUUUGCCAAAUGAUGCUAAUGCUGGUAACACUCAUACAAACACAACAAACUGUUAUGAUAUGCAAUACCAGCAGCACAUACAACAGCAACAGGUGCCACAACAAUCACAAACUCAAAUGUCAACACAUCAGACACAAGCUGAUCACGAUUUGAUACAAAUGCCUCACGAGUCACUUCAUCAAUCUGUUCAACAAACACAAGACCAUCAAAUGAUGGAACCGGUGAUGUCGAUGGCCUCACAACACUUAACUCCAACGACAACCAAUGAAUCUGUAGCUGAAAAGCAAUCAUUUCCUACGAUUGACGAUGAGUUAAGUUUUCUUACGGAACCAACAGACUGUGUUUCGAUGGAAACUCAAACACCAAAUAUGAAUACAAGCGUUCAAAUUGAAAAUCAGUCGUCUCUUGUGAUAUCACAUGAAACCACAAAUAUCGGUACUGAUCAACAAAAUGCAGAAAUAAAUUCAAACGAAGAUUUAAAUGCAAUUCAAAAUAAUAUGAAUUCUAAUAACUCGAAUAGCAAUAUAAUAAAUCCUUAUCUUAAAAGUUAUAUAACUUUUUGCAAUUCUCCAAAACCAACCGUUCCUUCGAGUGGUACUAAAGAAAAGAAAAAGAAAAAACUUAAAGAAUCCAAUGAAAACAAAAUUAAACAAAACAAUAAUACAUUAAAUGGUCAAAAAUCUUGUAAAAAUGGCAAAAAAGUGAAACUUGAAGACAACUAUGAAUAUAACGGAAUGGAAGACAAUUUGGGUUUAGAUUUUGAUCAGAAAAAGAAAAACUUUUCAACAAUCAAUCAAAAUAAUACUAAAUUAAUGAGUGGAGAAAAUUUUAAAAAAUCAACGACAGCUGGAGAUCGGGAAAACUAUGAAAGCAAGUUCUUUAAGAGGAGACCAUCGACUAACAUGACUAUCAAUAAUGUUCACAUCAUUGAAAUGGAGAGAAAAGAUGUCAAAAAUAAUAAAAAACGCAAAAAUAAAUUUGAUUUAAAUAUGUUUAAUAGUGAAUCACGACAUAUGAUUGAUGAAUAUGAGUUUCCCGAUAGUCCUCCUAAUAGUCAUUCAUUGAAAAAGAGUCGAAAGUCUAGUAGUAGUGACAAACAAACUAAAAAGUCGACGACUGCUGACUUCGAAAAGAUAACUUCUCCUUCUUUUAAUUUACCGCUAAAGAAGACUAAGAAAAGUAUCAAUAAUUUGGUUAAACCUGUUUUACCCAAUAGUACCACAGAAUCCAUUGAAAACAGUAUUAAUAGUGUUGUACUUAACACUGGAUUAUCACAAAUCACUGACAAUUUGCAACAAUCAGAACAAAUGUCUACCAUUGAUGUGAUGCCAAAUGUGACGACAAACUUGAAUCAAACAACAAAUUCAGUUAAUAAUAAUAAUAUUAACAAUAAUAAUGAUAUAUCAAACACUAUUAAUAAUAAUCAAUUACCGGUAAAUAGUAGUAGUUGUAAUAAUAAUAAUAAUAAUAGUUGUAGUAGUAAUAGUAAUAGUAGUAAUAAUAAUAAUUGUUAUAAAAAUCCUAUACAAAAUCAUGUGUCGACAAAAAAAUGUUUAAAUGUUGUUAAUACGAGUUCAACUACAAUAGCAACUAUAUCAUCGAUAAUCACACCAAUCAUAGCAACUACUCCGGCACUUACUAUAACAACGACUCCAUUAAAUACAUCGACGGUAGCCAUUGAACACAUUCUAAGCCCUAUUCAGAUAACUCCUACUAUUUUAACAACAAACACAAUGUUGAGUACAUCUCCAGGGAGUUCUUCGACGCCAACUAUUAACACAAAUACUUUAACGACUCCAACAAUAAAUAAUAAUUCAAAUCAACAAUCAGUUGGUAUGCAAAGUGCCGGUACUAAUACACCUCGAAGAAGAUCUCAAGAUAAAAAAGCAUCGACUAUUCGUGAAGGACUUAUGAGAACCGGUGAUUUUGUUGUGUCCAUUGAUGAAUCACAAUAUGAUUUGCCUGUUAUUUGGCGAAUUGAAGGCAAAAGUCUUUUACAGAGGUUUGAACCACAAGAACAGGACGACAUCACUGUAUAUAUAAAUACAUCUUCGUAUUCGGCGUGGAAUCCAACGGUACGACAAAGAUAUGUCGGCGUUGAUGUUCGGGUCAUGGGUUGCAGUCGGACACGAAUUGUUGUCGAAAAGUUAGGCCUAACACAAGCUAAUCCAAAUGCAGUGAACGGCACCGCAACUAUUGAAAGGGUCGGACAAACAAAUAAAUGCAAUUCCUCUCAAUCAGUGAACAAUUCAUUACAUAAUCAGGAAAAUUUUGAAGUAUUUAUUCAAACUCUUAUUAGCCAAGCAUUGGAUCCUAAUUUCAUAUCAGAAAUUGUUAAAGAAAAUGAUGAAUACUUUUUAUCUCACGUCCAAGAGAUUGAUGAAAUCUGUUCCAGAAAGAAGUCGCGUUUCUUUUCGAAAGUCAAAUGGGACGCCAAUAUUGUAAAGUGUGUCGAAACUUAUCCCGAGUUUACAGUAACCGCACAGAACAAUGUCGGCGAUCUUCGAUGUCGGUUAUGUCACGACAAUUGGAGUACACAAAUAAUGCAAUUUAGUGGCGAACCGUACAAUCAGAUGACUCUCGAGCCGCAAACAGGCGUUGAUCUGAAACAAACCAAAUAUGCAGCCUGUGAUCAAUGCACCGAUAAAAUUGUAUUAUACUCUCAUUUACAUCAUCAAAAACAUACAUUUUUCAAUAAAUGUAAAUCUAAAGUCGAUAGUAUAAGAGGUGGCGAUGAAAGUAAAGAAUCGCAUGUGAUAUUAGAAUUAUGUCUUCAGGACAGUGAUUGGAUUAAUACGCUCUUUAAAGAAUUGGAGGAUAUUUGGUUGGAUUGCGACAAAAUAAGAUAGUCUUAAAUUUUUGACUAAAUUUUGCCAUAAACUAUAUAUUUGUGUCAUUGAGUAUAAAAAUUUUUACGACAGUUUGUAAUUUUGAUCUAAUUUAAAGUAACAGUGAAUUUAUUCACUUUACGCACAACUCAAUUGUUUAUAAUAUUCAAAGUUUUAAUAAUUGAGGUAUUAUUAUCACUAUUAAACUAAUAUGUUAUGAGUCA